AUGGAAUUGAGGAGUUUCAAUCAUUUUCACUACAUUAAUGCAAUCAAAGAUGGCAAGGUUACGAGAGUACCAAAUGUGUAUCGUGGUAAGCCAGCCCUCAAGUUCAGGAAUCUUCAAGAUGUGUACAGGGAUUUGAAGAACGCCCCUAAUUCUCCUAUGUUUGAGGGAAGUGAACCAAAGGCUGAAAGGGAGAGUGGAGCUUCUUCCAAGGGUAACUCCAGAGAAGCGGUGGAAGAGGAUAAGAAUGAGGAAGAUCUUGAUUUCUGUUGUCUUACACUGAAGCAACUCAGGGGGAGAUGCAUGGCGAAGAACGAAAGCGUUCCAGCAAAGAAUCAUCCACUGGAAGUAGCUUGUCAGGAGCCGAGGAAGAUGAUUGUGAUCUUAUGGAGUGCCUCAGCAGUUGGAGACGAUGAAUCCCCACGUCACGCGGACUCAAGUGUAUCUUCAGAUAUUCAUGUCAAAGACGAGGUUCCUGAGAGUGAUCAUGGGGAUUGCCAAGCCAUUGUAUUAAGUGACUGGGUAGAGCCAGUUGCUCCAUUUGGAUUGCCUUCUGAUGAUGAAGAGCCCGACUUGAGCUCUGAAUGUGAGUUUGAGAUUCCUGAGGCUGGACAUGUAGAUUGCCAAGCUAUUGUUGUAUUUAACUUAUUGGACAGCUCUAGCGGUAGGGUUGAGCCACUUGCUUCUUUUGGGUCAUCCUUCGAUCGAGAGCCUGGCUCGAGUUUUGGUUGUGAUGUUGAAACUGGAUUGUCAAUAGUAUCUCCUCCUGAGCUUCUGGAAUUGAAAAACCAUGAUUCUCAGACUGAGGAGUCUGAAACGGCUAGAACUUUCAAUGACAUCAAUAAUGAGCUUCAAUGUUGUUCAGUCGAAAUUGAUCUUCAAAUUGAAGAGCUUGAAGAUGGGCUGGAAAACUGCCAUCCAUCAAAUGCGUCUUUGUCAAUGUUGGAGGAAGACGUCAUGGUUGUUGAUUCACAUCCAAUUGGAAAGUUGGACAAAGUAGUCUCUUCAAGUAAGGAUCAUUGCUCAAUUGUACACGACGAUUCCAAAGAAGAGCUGCAGAAUGCUAGCCCUACUGCCAUCAAGGUGGAAAUCACUACAAAAGAUAGCACUGAGUGCAUGGUGGUGGAUUCGUGUCGCUUUGAGGGUGAAGAUAAAAAUGAAAAACCUCAAGCCACGGUUGACAGUUUUCCUAAUGCAGUCAGCAACGACAAAGGUCAAAUUUUGCAUCCAACCUCAAGCCAAGAUAGAUGCUCUUCUUCUACUGAUGUAGUAGUGCAGUCUCCAUUAUCUCCAGCCAUGAAACCUGGAUCUGGUCAGCCAGUUGAGUUGGUCGCCUGUGAGGACUCUGAUACUUCAGAUCAGCGGCAACAUCCUCCUGAAAGGCUCCUUUCAGCAAGGAAGGCCAUUUCUCCAACUUCACAGGAAAAGCUUCGCAAAGCUAUGGAAUCCAAUGAGUUAGAUGAUGAGCAAUUAUACAAUAAGAAAUUAUGCUACGGAAAGAAGCAGCCAGAGAGAACCAAUAGCAGGCCUGAUGCGGUGAAUCAGGCCAAGAGAGCUGCUGAAAACACAGUUAGUUCACAACACUUGAUGAGGAAACUCAAGAACCCGAAACCCAUUAGUCCUCCUCCUAAUGACGUCCCCAGGACCAUUUCCCGUCCUGUUCGUGCUCCGAGUUUCAGUACAAGGUGCAACUCAAUACAAAGUUGUUCAGAGAAUGCCAUCUCGUUUUCGCAGAACCAUAUGCGUGACCUCGAAUCCAUGGCGACUAAGCUCACCAAGGAAUUGAAGUCUAUGAAGGAUAUUGCUGAAGCAGCAUUGCACUUCAAUCCAUCUGCCUCCCCCAAGUACACUCACCAAGAGGCAAGUAGCACCAUAGAGAAAGCAGCAAGAGUGGAAGAAAAUGUACGAAGAUGGCUCUCCACAAUGGCAAGGGAUUGCGAUCGCUUCUGCAAACUAAUGAAAUUGACCCAAAAUGGUCCCGCAACUACUUCAGCAGCAAUCGUCGUCGCCCAGAAGGAGAAGAGGAAUAUAUCUUUCACCAACGAAGCCGGCGGGAAGCUCUGUCACGUCAAGACUUUCAAGAGCGAGGUCGAGUUCAUGGAGCCCAUUAAUCUCGACGAUUGA